AUGCUUUCUCCGCUUUUUUUCAGGUACAUGGGUCGGUUGAUAAGCAAAUCUCGUUUACGUAGCUUGACGCCUCUCCUCAGCAAAUAUUACCCGCAGCUUCUGCUUACUCAGACAUACAUAGAAUCUGGAGUUACAGCCAGCGAGACUGGCCAACAGCGGCAUCCAAAUGACCAGGUGCUUAUCAGUCCCGACCGUAUAACUGACGGUCGAGAUGAAGCUUCUUCGAGUGGAAAGAGCACUCGCCUUUCUGCCACCGAAUCGACCAUGUCAAUCGACGGCGACGCUUCGGCUUUUGAGGGUCAGGCCUCUUCUGGAUCUGCUCUGGGGCGUAGCAUCCUUGAACGAGCAGCAGUCGAGCAUAAUAUGCUAGCAGCCAGCUUGAUAUAUAAUAAUAUCAGCCUGCAUAAUCUGGGUGGCCUUUUGGAGAUCUCUUCGGAAGAAGUAAAUGUUUAUCUUAAUUAUCUGAGUGCAUUACAUUAUAUACAGCAGGAUUUUUUCACCUUGUUUGCCUAUGAAGACUGA